UGUUCUCAAGCAGCAACACAAUCAGAACCUUAUGCAAAGCCUGAACCUAGGCUUCUUCGUUCGUGUUUUGGAGUGGAUCAACAGUUGCCAAGAUCGACCCAUAUCCUUCCCAACAUCUGCAUUAUUUGCAGGAAGCAGAAAUACAAUAGAGAUAGACAUUCGG